AUGAAAGGUUUAGUUACAGUAAAGCAUCAAUACACUUAUCGAAAUCCAGUUUCUUUCCAUUUAUCCGAUUUUCUACGUCUUCCCAGCAGUCACCUGCCCGACUCGAGUCUUGCUCUUUUCAUCCUACUCGAUGAUUUUGCAGUUCUGCAAAUGCAUGCUAUUUUCGCUUCAGACAUCAUCAUUUCGUCUGUCAUUGUUCGGCCUGUAGUCCGUGAAGCAAGAAAGCCGGAGGAGAGAGAUAGCCACCGAGUGAGUGAGCCAGAAAGGGAAAAAUGGGGCGAUAGAAAUGAAGAGGUAAAUAUAACCGAAGGAAAGUCAGUCUCGUGUUUCCAGUCCAUUUUUGCUCUCGGGCGGGACGAGACGGGCCCGAAAGGGGGCUCAAGCAGACGAGCCGGUUUCGGGAGUUGGCAACAAGGCCAUCGGUCAGAGGCAAUCAUGUCUGCGUCUACGUCCGCCCUCUUUCGUGUGCGUCUGUCCGAAUGUCUGUGCGAUGUUCCAUUCGUCCGGUUGCUCAUCCACGCAUCCACGCCCAUCAAUUCACUGUGCACUCGACCACUUGUGCUGUAUUCACGUCGGAGGCGUGUACUUGUCGGCCUGUUUACACUUUGA